AUGGGUGACGAACCGAAACAAGAGAUAGACCGUGUCACUCGAUUAUUGGCACGUGCGACGGUCAAGCGCACCAGCAUUAUCGCGCAAAUUCGAUCCAUCCACGAUUUAGGCGUGCGUGUGGCAAGUGAACCAGAGGUAGCCUCCGCGUUUUCGGUUAUCGCGGCCGAUCUAGACUCAUUAUGGACACAAUUUAAGACCGAAGACGAUGGUGUGUUAGACUAUUUAGUCAUAUUAGAUAAGCUCGCGGAUUACUCGCCGGAUGCAAUUGCUGAGGUGCGCCGGCUUAUCACCGACUCGAAAGCUGUGGCCAAUUCUUUAAUACCUAAGGGAGUGGAGGCCAUUGACCUCUCUUACAUACGAGAUAAACUACCGUCUCAUACCAUCUCGGCCGAUGAUACCGGUAAUACAUUUUCGCGACUACCAGAAAUCCCUUUACCCACCUUUGACGGUGAUUUCCAAACUUGGCCCAACUUUCGUGACCGAUUUACGGCAGUAGUGGACAAUCGUCCUAAGUUGUCUAACAUCGACAAAAUGUAUUAUUUGAUAGGUUGCUUGAAAGGUGCUGCGUCGGAGGCUGUGCAAGGUAUACCGGUUUCCGCAGAUAAUUACGCGUUAGUGUGGUCCACGUUGUCCGGCCGUUUUAAUCGACCACGUUUAGUAGCUACAUCGCUCGUCGAAAAUUUAUUACAUACAUCGACGAUAUCGCAUGAAUCGCUUCGUGAUCUCAACAAAUUUGUGGGUACGUUCAAUGAGGGUAAUUCGUUGCUAGAGGCGCUCAAGAUUCCGGACUUAGGAUCAUUUAUUUUAUUCUCGAUCGCAUUUAGAUGUUUACCGAUGUCGACCCGUCAGUUAUUUGAAGCGAGCAGUACGGCGGAUUAUCCGUCUUUAACUCAAUUAUUAGAGUUCGUACGAACACGCGUAGCAAUAUUAGAAGUUGUCGGGGAGUUACCUAACAAGGCAGGGUUGUCAGCGCCGGUCAAAAUUACCAGAACACCUGGUCCGAUCCGAAAGGGGGGAGAGUACUCCGGGAAGUCGCAGGGUUCUCGCUUGACGGCCAUGGUAACAUCCAAAAAUGAUAACACCUGUCCAUGCUGUACUGGAUCUCAUGAGCUGGUGUCAUGUACCCGUUUCAAAGCUUGGGAGGUUGAUGAACGGGUCAGGUGGACGCGAGAACAUAAAAUGUGCUUUAAUUGUUUUAGCCCCAAACACUGGGCUCCAAAAUGUAAAAAUAAACCGGGCUGUAAGGAUUGUUCGCGGAGACACCAUUCGUUAUUACAUGUGUCUACCGGCGAGCGAUAUGCUAAUGACGACGCGCAACCCACCCAAGUUAUGUGCGCGUCAGCUCCACAACCGCUAUCCCUCCGCCCCGCAACUGUCAUGUUAGGUACGGCGCUCGUUCACGUGCGCGAUCGAACCGGGUCGUGGCAAACUAUGCGCGCGUUAAUAGAUUGCGCGUCGCAAAUUAGCGCUAUUACGGUCGCAUGCGCCGAACGGUUAGGCUUAAAGCGCUCGCGUUGGACCGCCCCGGUAAGCGGCCUGUCCGGCGUAUCCGUUAACGUUCAAGGUCGUGUCGAAUGUACGGUACAACCACGGUUCGCGACCGAGCCUGUAUUAUCAGUACAUGCGUGGGUGCUACCCACCAUAACAGGCGAUCUGCCCGGAAAGUCGUUACCCGCAGAUAUUAAAAACCGGUUUUCUAAUCUGGCAUUAGCCGACCCGUCUUUCUACGUUGCGUCGCCGAUCGAUAUGCUAUUAGGCAGUGACGUCUAUAAUUCAAUCAUGGACGGACGUAAAUGUUCAGUCGACAGCGCGCUACCGUCCGCGUAUAGUUCAAUUUUUGGGUGGAUAUUAAUUGGCGCCGUAUCCGAGCCAGAGGCCAGCCCGUAUCAGUCAGUACUGGUUUCAAUGACCGUUUCUAUCGAAGGGCUCAUGGAGCGGUUUUGGCAUGUCGAGGAGCCGGAGAUGGCACCGGCGACAUUCUCGAAUGACGGAAAGUGUGAACAGAUAUUUAGGGACAAUGUUGUACGCUUAUCGUCCGGACGUUUCUCAGUACCGCUGCCUUUUCGUUUGCCGGCGUCGGAAGAUGCGUUUCGUGGGUCCCGCGAGGUGGCGCUUCGGCGUUUCGACGCUCUCGAGCGCAAAUUGGCCGCGAACCCGUCGCUAAAGGUGUUGUACGAUAAAUUCAUGGCUGAAUACAUUUCGUUAGGGCACAUGUCUGUCGCCACGUCCCCGGGGGCGUAUAUCAUUCCGCAUCAUGCUAUAUAUCGGCCCGAGAUUGAUGCUCAGAAAAUACGGGUAGUAUUUGAUGCAUCCGCGCGUAGUGGUCGUGGACCAUCGUUAAACGACUGUUUACUUCCCGGCCCUAAGUUACAGCAAGAUAUUGUCGAUAUUUUAACACGUUUUCGCAUUCAUAAAUAUGCCUUUACUACGGAUAUUUGCAAAAUGUAUCGGCAAAUAUUAAUUUUGCCAGAGUACCGUAGGUAUCAGCACAUACUAUGGCGCUCGUCACCGCACGACGAGUUGCGCGAAUAUGAACUAAAUACAAUUACGUACGGCGUAAAUUGUGCGCCGUAUCUAGCGUUACGCGUCCUACAAACUAUCGCUCAUGAAGACUGCGACGACUUCGAGUGGGUCCGUCAUGCAUUGACAUAUCAAACGUAUGUCGAUGACAUUUGUUACGGGGCGGACACCAUACCCGAAGUGUUAAAGCUUCAAUCUGACUUGAUAUUCGUUUUAAAUAAAUCUGGUUUAGAGCUCAAAAAGUGGGCGUCGAAUACACCGUCCGUUCUGGCAGCGGUCGCGGCCGACGAUCGCGUAGGUACCCCUAUGUCGUUCGAAGCAAGUGAAAGGUUGGGCACCAAGGUGUUAGGCAUAGAAUGGCAUCCGGACGGAGAUUAUUUUUGUUGUGCGUUACGUAUUGAACAGUCGCCCAUAUUUACGAAGCGUGGCAUUUUAUCGCUCGUAGCUCAAAUUUUCGACCCGCUUGGCGUCUUCGGCCCGGUAGUAUUCUUGGCUAAAUCCAUCAUGCAGAGGACCUGGCAACGCGGUCUGUCCUGGGAUGAGGCCCUCCCAACCGAUAUCCAUGAUGAGUGGGCCGCCUUCGUAUCCGAUUUGCCGUCACUUUUAGCCAUCCGUAUACCUCGGCAUAUUAACGCUAGCUUAGGCGCGUCGUGUUAUUUAUUAGGUUUUUGUGACGCUUCACAAUCGGGUUAUGCAGCGGUAGUUUAUAUACGAAUAACCAACGGUCCUGCCGACACGUCAGUGUUUCUUAUCGGCACAAAAACAAAAUUAGCUCCAUUGAAACCGUUAACAGUCCCGCGGCUCGAGUUGAACGCGGCGUUAUUAUUAGCUCGUUGGCUAAAUCGAAUUCGUCGUACGUUAGCGGCGCAGCUUAAUAUUAUCGGCGUACGGGCGUGGUCGGAUUCGACAAUAGUAUUAUCUUGGUUGACUGUCUCUCACACAUCGUUCAAACUUUACGUUUCGAAUCGUGUGCAUCAAAUUAGGACCUUACUCCCGGACUGUCAUUGGCAACAUGUCGAGUCGCACAAUAAUCCCGCCGAUUGCGCAUCACGCGGAGUGAUGCCAUCGGUAUUAUCACAGUUUGAAUUAUAUUGGCACGGUCCGCCGAUAGCUUAUGAAGACCCAUCGAUCUGGGACCAAUUUUGCCUGCCUCAACCUUGUCCGGACUUACCCGAAAUGCGUCCCGUGUCAUGUGCGGCGCGUGUUAAUGAGUUCGACGAGGAAUGGUGUACUCGUUUUUCAAAUUACGAUCGAAUGCUCCGUGUGGUCGCAUAUGCACGUCGCUUUAUUGCAGCCUGUCAUCAGCGCGUAUCACACAAACGAAAUAACACGACACAAAGGUCAAUGCCCCGACAUCCGGUGAGGGUAGCUCCCGCGUUUUUAUGUAAAUCAGAAAUUGAUUGUGCGGCCCGCAUAUUAGCGGCCAUGUCACAACAAAUACAUUUCGCCGAAUUAGUACGAGAAUUAUCCGGUGGGGAGCGCGUAUCGUCUAAGCCUCUAGCUCGGUUGGCCCCGUUUAUUGACGCCGAGGGAGUAAUACGCGUGGGGGGUCGACUUCGUCACUCAUUAUUGACAUAUGAUUGCAAACAUCCUAUAUUGUUAUCAAAGCGGUCUUAUUUUGCACUUUUGUUAUGCCGUCGAUGGCACCUAUUGACCUGCCAUGCCGGCCCGCGUGUGUUGUCCGCGUUAAUAUCUCGCCAGUUUUGGGUGAUUUCACUUCGUUCGGUGUUGCAUAAGGUCAUUGCAAAUUGUUCGGUAUGUGUGAGGUUCGACGCCAAACCGGCAACGCCUUUGAUGGCUGAUUUGCCAAGUACACGCGUGCAGCCGCGGCAACCGUUCGAGCGCGUAGGUGUCGAUUAUGCGGGUCCCCUGCAGAUGCGUGAGACACGAUUGCGUAAAUCACGUAUUUUUAAAAUAUAUAUCUCCGUAUUUAUAUGCUUUUGUACCAAGGCUGUCCAUUUAGAAGUUGUGACCGACUUGUCUGCGGAUGCUUUUUUAGCGGCUUUCGAUCGCUUUGUUGCGCGUCGGGGUGUCCCCAGUGACGUGUUCUCCGAUUGCGGAACCAAUUUUGUCGGCGCUGACAAGCAAUUGCGCGCAAUUAUUCAAAGUCCGGAGGGUCAGGUGGCGAUUGCGAACUCUCGGACCAUGUGCCAGUGGCAUUUUAAUCCCCCCAGCGCGCCGCAUUUCGGAGGGUUAUGGGAGGCGGCCGUCCGGUCAACAAAGCGGUUGUUAAUACGUACCAUAGGUACACACGUAUUUACCUACGAGGAAUUCUCUACGUUAUUAACACGCGUCGAAGCGAUUUUAAAUUCGCGACCGCUUACGCCAAUGUCAACGGACCCGCACGACCUGGAUUAUCUUACACCCGGACACUUCCUCAUCGGUCGACCGCUACUCGCUAUUCCGCCUAGGUCAGGUUCCGAGUCGAAUCGUAAUUUGGUGAACCGGUGGAAACUGCUAGACCAAUGCCAUCAGGCUUUUUGGCGUCGAUGGUCCGCGGAGUAUUUGACUACGUUACAGGAGAGAUCCAAAUGGACAAAAACAGUCCCCAAUAUCAAAAUAAAUGAUAUGGUUGUAAUUAUAGACAAACAAAGUCCUCCACUAUUAUGGCGUCUCGGUCGGGUAACGGAGUUAUUGCCCGGGAUCGAUGGUACCGUCCGUGUGGUUCGAGUGCUUACACAGUCCGGUGUGGUCACCCGACCCGUAGUCAAGCUCGUACUGAUACCGCACAAUUAA